AUGGGAUCGGAGGGACGGGCCUGGAACGGCGCGGGCGUGGCCGCCGGCAGCGGCGGCGUAGAGGCGAAAGCGAUCACCGCGGCUGUGUCGGCCGCGGAGGUUCCCAGGUUGGCGGUCUCCGUCGACAUCUCGCUGCCGCUCCCGGAGAUGUCGCCUGACAUCAUAUUUCUCUGCAAGGAAUUGGUCAUUGGGUGGUGUAAGAUUGACAGCUCGCGCUUCUCCAUCGAGACCGUGUCUGGAGGCAUCACCAAUCUAUUGCUCAAGGUUUCUGUCAAAGAAGACAACGGCGAUGAGUCUUCUGUUACUGUCCGGUUGUAUGGACCAAAUACGGAUUUGGUGAUUGAUCGGAAAAGGGAAUUGCAGGCGAUACCGUAUCUCUCAGCUGCAGGGUUCGGGGCUCGGCUACUUGGAAUAUUUGAGAAUGGAGUAGUUCAGUCAUUCAUCUAUGCUCGAACACUGUCACCUGCAGACAUGAGAGAUUCUAAAAUAGCAGCUGAAAUUGCCAAGGAGCUACGCAAAUUCCAUCAAGUAGACAUACCAGGGUCUAAAAAACCGCAAUUGUGGAAUGAUAUAUUCAAGUUUUUGAAGAAAGCUGCAGCAUUGAAGUUUGAGGAUAACGAGCAGCAGAAGACAUAUGAAAAGAUUUCAUUUAGAGAAAUACAAGACGAAGUUCAAGAACUUAAGGAUCUCUUGGACAUUCUGAAUGCUCCUGUGGUUUAUGCACACAAUGACUUGCUUUCAGGAAAUCUGAUGCUCAAUGAUUUGGAAGGGAAGCUAUAUUUUAUUGAUUUUGAGUAUGGGUCAUACAGCUACCGUGGCUAUGACAUUGCAAAUCAUUUCAAUGAGUAUGCAGGAUUUGAUUGUGACUAUAAUUUGUACCCAGAUAAAGAUGCCCAGUAUCACUUCUUCAGGAAUUAUCUACGCCCUGAUAGACCUAGUGAGGCGCAGGCACCAGAUAUGGAAGUGCUUUAUGUGGAAACAAACACUUUCAGACUAGCAUCGCACAUUUACUGGGCAUUAUGGGCCCUUAUUCAGGCAAAGGUAUCCCCAAUUGACUUUGACUAUCUUGGAUACUUCUUCCUACGGUAUGGUGAGUACAAAAAACAGAGGGAGUCCUGCUUCUCCUUGGCACAAAGCUUCCUCUCCGAGCUAAGGAAUGGCUAG